AGAGAGAGAGAGGGGAGGGCAUCAUCAUCAUCAUGAUGAGAAGGAAGCUAUGCUGGAAAUACUGCUGAAGAGGCAUAUCAAGAAAAAGAGAAUGAUUUCAGAUUCUGCUGAGAUGGAACUUGAUGUGGACUUGGACAGUAAGAUAAUAGAGUGCUCAAUUGGAAGGGAGAUUUGUGUUACUGAGGCUGGAGAAAUGCUUGAUUUAUAUGAGGGGAGAGAGUUAGGUAUACAUGAAAUAGAUAAUAAUGUGGAACCUUAUGUUGGGAUGGAGUUUGAAUCUGAAGAGGCGGCUAUGAUGUAUUAUGAUGCAUAUGCUAAGCGUUUGGGCUUCAUUAUCCGAGUUGGUAAUUGCCAUCGUUCAGGUUGUGAAGGAUCAGUUAUCAGUCGAAGGUUUCUUUGUAACAAAGAAGGUUUCCGUGUUAAUAAUAACAAGACAAGAAAUACAAGAAGUCUCGAAGUGAGGAAGCCAAGGCAGAUUACUAGGGAGGGUUGCAAGGCUAUGAUUAUGGUGAGGAAGGAGAAGACAGGAAAAUGGGUUGUCACAAAGCUUGAAACAAAACAUAACCACCCAAUGGGGAUAUCUGUUGGCAAGGGUCGUAGGUGUACAGUUCAGGCCAGACCGCAGCUGACUCAAGCUUCCAGUAGUAAUUCCAUCUUGGACUGGAUAUACCUGUACUCUGCGAAGCACUUUCAUCAGUUCACUGCACUGCCACUCAUGGAGAGUAAGUGGCUACUUGGCUGGUUGCCAAUGUACUGGCACUCAUCCUGGUUGAGGAUCAAUGUAGGUUGUAGAAAAAAGGCACUGGAUCCAACAGAUUUGUCCAAUUAUUAUGAGUUGCAACCCAAUUUUUAUAGGUAUUUCCUCUAAAAGUAUGCUCUCAAUUUGGCCAUGUCUGAGGGUGAUUGGCAGUAGAGAACUUUAACUUUAUACCCAUCAAGUUAAUGAGUGCAGUCCAAAGUUCUCCAGUAAUUUGAGUUUCUUGGUCAUGCACAAUGUCCUCUUGCAACCUAAAGUACUUUACAAGCAGUGUGGUGAAAUGCAGAAAAUGCCUUCAAGGAAUUAAGGUUUCCAAACUGAUGAGGUGCAUGGCUCCAUAAGACACUUGCCUCAUUGAAGCAAGGCAUCAACUUUUAUCUUGCAUGCCUAUGCGUUUAAAC